AUGGAAGAUGUAGAUUUUUCGGUUAUACUGUAUUUUUUGGACGAAUUUAUUUAUUCCCAUAUUGUUAUUUAAAAAGAAAAAAAAAGCUCGCAAGAGUGUCGUCAUUUCCUCCGGUUCCAGGGGCGCCUAGAUACUUCCGGUAUAAAUAUUGACCACGAAACUACGAGAACAACGCAGCGGUCAGUGCAAAAAUGAGUGGCGGCUUGGCACCAAGUAAAAGCACUGUUUAUAUUUCUAACCUGCCGUUCUCGCUGACCAAUAGCGACUUGCAUAAGUUAUGCACGAAAUACGGCAAAGUCGUCAAGGUGACGAUCGUCAAGGACAAACAAACACGGCAGAGUAAAGGUGUGGCGUUCGUGCUGUUCCUGGACAGAGAGUCAGCUCAUCACUGUGCUCGGUCACUGAACCACAAGGAGCUGUUCGGCAGGACAGUGAAGGCCAGCAUCGCCAUUGACAAUGGAAGAGCUGCGGAGUUCAUCAGGAGAAGGAACUACACAGACAAGACCAAGUGUUACGAGUGUGGAGAAGAUGGUCACUUGAGCUACGCCUGCCCAAAGAAUUUGCUGGGAGAAAGAGAGCCUCCACCUAAAAAGGAAAAGAAGAAGAAGAAAAAGAUGGUGACGAAACACCUCGACGAGGUCGAACCGGAGGAAAGCGAAGAUGAAGGAGAAGACCCUGCGCUGGACAGUUUGAGCCAGGCCAUCGCUUUCCAGCAAGCUCGAAUGGAGGAAGAAGAAGAGAGACGAAGGAAGCAGACCACAGCAGACCCGAGCCACUCUUCAACGUCAGACGGCUCGCAUAAACCCAGGAUUAAAAAGAGCACGUACUUCAGUGAUGAGGAAGAGCUCAGUGACUGAUGAACUUUAUUCUAUUCCUAAGAUCUUUAUUUUCAAAGAUCAGCGAGCUUAUUAGUUAAAAUUUUUAUGUGAGGCUUUGUCAAAAGCUUUUAACUCGCAACUAAACUGCUUUACAGUCACUCAAUGUUUGGAAAGCUGUAGUAACUGUGAUGCUGCAGGAACAUCACCUUAAUAUGAUUGGAAAUUUGGCCUGACUCUGUUGAGCAAUUCAGAUCUGCUAGACUUGUUAACUGAUUUACCCAUUGUCUUUUACACUAUAAAUAAUGUCUACUGGUUAGUACAGAUGUUUACUGAAUUCCAUGAAAUAAAUCAUCGUCAUGCAAAUAAAGGCAAAAUGAUUGCA